UCCUACAGGCAAUAAAAAAUUCUCCUGGUUGUGUUCACUCGUUAGCUUCACGAAUUUUACCAUAUUUAGUGCCUAUACUAGACAAACCCCACCAGCAACCAGAUGGUUUAGUACCUGGAUCGUUAGAUCUAUUGGCAAUGCUAUUGAAGAAUGCUCCAAUAGAUGUUGUGAAAGCAGCGUAUGAUGCUUGUUUUGAUGGUGUUGUCAGGAUAGUCCUUCAAACUGAUGAUCAUAGUGAAUUGCAGACUGCUACAGAAUCUCUAGCAGCUUUUGUAGCUGGGGGAAAGCAAGAAAUUCUUACUUGGGGUUCUGGAUUUACAAUGAAAAGUUUGCUUGCGGCAGCUUCGAGGCUAUUAGAUCCUAAGAUGGAAAGUUCUGGAUCUUUUUUAGUUGGAAGUUUUAUCCUGCAAUUGAUAUUGCAUCUUCCAUCGCAAAUGGCCCAACAUCUUCCUGACCUGGUUGCUGCACUGGUUAGGCGAAUGCAAUCUGUUCAAAUUGCAGGAGUGCGAGGCUCGUUGAUACUUAUUUUUGCUCGAUUGGUAAUUGUCCUUGAGUGAAAAAACGUUUAGUCA